UUGCAGCUGCACCCUGUGAUGACGCGGCGUGGCAGCUGAAGCCGGCGUGGAAAGAUGGCGGCUGACAUCACAUUACUUUUCCGAGCCAGCGUUAAGACCGUGAAAACCCGGAACAAAGCGCUCGGAGUGUCCCUGCCCGACACCGACAUACUGAGACGGAACCGGCAAAGGGGGGAGUUCACCGGCAAAGCAAGAGAAGUGAUUGCUAACAUUGGAAAACUGAAGGAUUUUCUUCUUGAGCACCGAAAAGAUUAUAUUAAUGCAUGCAGUCAUGUAGUGUCAGAAUACUCGCGCAUGACAGACACAGAGCGAGAUCAGAUUGACCAAGACGCACAGACAUUCAUGAGAACGUGUGCAGAUGCUAUUCAGCAACUUAGAACUGAAGCAUCUAAAGAAAUCAUUCCUUCGCAAGUCAAAGAGCACAGAAACGCCAUGUUGGAUUUCAUAGAAGAUUAUUUAAAAAGAGUAUGCAAACUAUAUUCCGAGCAGCGAGCCAUCAGAGUGAAGAGAGUGGUUGAUAAGAAAAGAUUGUCCAGGUUAGAACCAGAACAGAUCAACAAUGCAAAGACAUCCCAUACGAGUUCAGGGACCCGGAAACCGCAAGAUACUACUGAGGAAGGAAAGGCGAUCACUGAAGAGAAUACUGACAGACCGAUACCUGAUAUCCAGAGCACACCGGGUCUUUGGGAUGAUAGUCGAGGUGAAGAUGAGCUGUCCCCAGAAGAAAUUCAAAUGUUCGAACAGGAAAACCAAAGGCUUGUCAGUGAGAUGAACAGUCUUUUCGAUGAAGUAAGACAAAUAGAAGGCAAAGUGGUUGAAAUAUCCAGACUUCAAGAAAUAUUCACUGAAAAAGUGCUCCAGCAGGAAACAGAAAUUGACAGUAUCCAUCAGCUAGUCGUGGGAGCAACAGAAGAUAUCAAAGAAGGAAAUGAAGAUAUACGAGAGGCAAUCAAAAAUAACGCUGGCUUUCGUGUCUGGAUCCUUUUCUUUUUAGUGAUGUGUUCAUUUUCAUUGCUUUUUCUGGACUGGUAUGAUAGUUAAUUAGUGCAGAAUGAGUACCUGUGCGUUAAGAAUGCCCAGUGCGCCGAUCUGAAGAAUGUGUUGAGGAUAUGCACUUUUAAUGUUGCAAUGAUUUCUCCAUAACACGUUCAUGUUAUCCCCUGCUAGACUAGGUGAUAGGCCAACUUUGGCUCUCCAGAUAGGGGAGAUGUAGUCCACAACAUCUUGAUUGCCAAAGGUUGCCUACACUUGUAGUACAGUCCUGUGGAACCCAGCUAGUGUCUCAGCCAGUAGGAAGCUGUAAUAUUAUCAAAGCGCAACUCCAAUGCUUUUCUUACACAACCUCAGAAAAUUUCACACAAGGGUUCAAAUGUAAAGCUUUCUGUAAAAAUACUACAUUUAAACUUUAUGCAUAUUUAGAUUUUUGGGGGUGGAAACAAUACAUAGCAAAACUUGGGAAAGCUGCUUUCAAAUCACCACAAAUAUCUUCCCAAAACAAGUGUAAUUAAAUCAUUAAUACAAAUCAGGUUUCCUCUCAAUUUAAAAUCCAUGUUUUGCAUUCUGUAUAGUUCUGGUCUAAUCAGUCACUUGUACAAUGUUCUUGAAAUAAAAUCGCUAUGUAA